AUGAGUCACAUUAAAUUUUCAUUAAGCAAACAUGAUGACCAAAUAACAGAUUUGAAUAAUGAAAAAUCAUAUCAAUCAAAUUCCAAUAGAUUGAUGCCGCUAACAGGUUGUUGUUGGGACGAUCAACACAAUUCACUUGAUUGUGGUUGUUUAAUCUCAGACAUCGAUGGCUUUGCGUUUUCUUCAUUUGAAUUUAAAGCAAACAUAAACUUCACAGCACGAAUGCUGUCUCAAGUCAGCUCCACCGGGCGGAUAUGCGUUAAGAAAGUAAUGCAACCAUUUAGAUAA